AUGUACAUCGAGUGCGACGAAAUCUGCCUCUCACAUUUCUCCUUUUCAGUGCUGGCUGGGCCGUGGGCUAAUCUCUGUGCUGGCAAGUCUUCCAAUGAGAUCAGGACGUGUGACAGCCAUGGCUGUGGCCAGUACACUGCCCAGAGAAAUCGUAGGCCUCACCAGGGUGUGGACGUCUUGUGCUCUGAUGGAUCUACUGUGUAUGCACCUUUCAGUGGAAUGAUUGUGGGCCAGGAGAAACCUUAUAAAAACAAAAAUGCCAUCAAUAAUGGUGUCCGGAUAUCUGGAAGAGGUUUCUGUAUUAAAAUGUUCUACAUUAAGCCAAUUAAAUAUAAAGGUUCUAUCAAGAAAGGAGAAAAACUGGGAACUCUGUUGCCCUUGCAGAAAGUUUAUCCUGGCAUACAAUCCCACAUACACAUUGAAAACUGUGACCUGAGUGACCCCACCGUGUACCUAUAAGCGGAAGGCAGAUGACCAGAUCAUCAAGAUAGAGAGCCAUCUUCCUAGAACCUGAACGCACAUCCUGCUUUCCAAGAAAAUUGAUGUUCAAAUAGAAACAUGUUAAGUGCAAGGAAGAACACAGUAUUUUGAUUUCAACUCACUGCCAAUUUCAUGGUUUUUUUAUGUCAACUAAUUUCUCAUGGCUCUCUGAACUUUUGGUAACCUAUAUCUGGGGUGGUGGCUUUUCCUUAAUAUUUCUUAGUCCUAAAUACAUAGAGUAA